AUGUCCUCUCUCGAUGUGUCGAGUGUUUUGGGCGAAUACAUGCUGAAAGGAUGGGUUCUAACAGACCGAACUUGUCCCUCCGCUGGUUGCAGUGUGCCGCUAAUGCGUUCACCGAGUGCACGGUCCCCUGUUGUCUUCUUUUGCGCCAGCUGUGAUGGCCCUCCAGAAGGAUCUUCUUCUUCGUCGUCCAAAACAGCCCGACCGCAACCAGAACCCUCCAGUGCAUCAUCCAGUUCCCAUCUCUCUCGAUCAUCCACUCCUCCAACUGAAGUUUCGGAGGCCUCGGAGUUUGUAUUGCCACCGGAAAGUGAACAAAGCCGGCGUCGCAGAGAGCAGUCCGAUCUGGCCAGUUCUGCCAUCGGUGAAAGGUUGCUGAAAGGUUGGGCUAUGCUUGCAGAAGAGUGUCCCUCCCCAACGUGUUUUGGUGUACCACUUGUCCGUCCUCCCAAGGCCGGUGGCGACAAAGAUCAUCGCAAAGAAUGCGUCGUUUGCAGGACAGUUUACAUCACAGAAGUGGAUUCUGUGGGCCGCGAUAUUCUCGUGCCCGAAAGGCCAGCGCCAGCGUCUAUUGUUGAACCACCUCCAGCCAUCGCAUCGGUUCUGGUCCAACCACCCACAGUCCCUUCUACCCCUGCAUAUCCGCUUUUGACUGCCACAUCGUCUGCUAGUAAGCCCCAGUCUCUCAAGACUGCCUUGGAACAAUCUGCUGUUGCUUUGGAGGACAGCCUUCGCGUUCUGAACAGUAGAUUGAUGACAUCAACGACCGAUUCUCUUUCCAUUGGUAACACUGCGGAUGCCAUCUCAAAAGUAGCGCACGCUCUCGCGGAAGUCAAAAAACUACAAGGGACAAUGUAG